AUGGCCGAGGAUCCAAAGCAUGCUCGGUUUGUCGUUUCCACGCGGAACAUAAUAUUAGCAGAAGGAAAUGGCGACUACCUUAUUGCGUUUGGGGCGACUUGGUUCUGUCAAGGUCUCCAGUUGGAGCGCUUGGUUAUCCUGAGGAAUUACCCGGCUGCACUCUGCACUCAGGCAGGAAAACCUACAAAGCCAGAGAAGAAGGCAAAGCCUACAAGCAAAAAGGCUGCAGUAGCGGCGGCGGCACCUCCCGAGCCCGAGGAGCCUUUCGAUAACAGCACUUACAGAAACAACCAGCACCACAGCUACACGCCAUUCACAUUCGUAGAUAUGGAUGUGGAGAUGUCCAAGUAUCGUCUGCCGCAGCCCUCCACCGGCCGGCCGUCUCCCCGACACUAGAGGAGCACGUGGUU